AUGCGGCUCACCAAAUGUUCGUACUUUGUUUUCAAGUGGUUCCUUGUUCUCAUGACAGUCUCCUUCGUACUUACCUGCUAUUUUCGAAGCAAUUCCGACGUGCUUCCGAGUAUGCGUUUGCAUUUUGAUUAUUUUUUGUUAAACCCCAAAUUUGCAUCUUUCCAGAAAGUUCUAGACGUCUCAUCACCAGGAAUAUCACUCUCUUCGCGGCUACUUCGUUUUUCAGCGAAACUCUUGGUGCGAGUUCUCUCCGCAUGUGUUCAGAAGAAGUCAAGGUUUGGACACCCGUAUCUCGAGUUCCAAUAAUUAUUUAAAAAAAUGACCAACUGAAAAGUUGUUGCAAAUAUUGUGCACAACAACUUUGUGGUUGAUCAUUUUGUCUCGAAACUUGUCAUUCUUGAGUUAUAAUCUAGUUUCGAAACUUUCAGAAUUCGUGCACUCUGACCAGUGAUCCAAAAAAACUGCCCGAAGCGGACGCAAUUGUAUUCCAUUCCUCGAACGUUCAUCAUGACGUGAGAGAAUUGUCAAGACGCUCACAGUCAAAGAUUUGUAAUUGUUUAGACAGAAGGAAAGUACAAUGCACUCAGAAAGCCAGGAGUUCCAUUCGUCGUUAUGACCAUGGAGAAUCCGGACUUUUCGGAACUCCGCAACUUUUACAAUUGGACUAUGAACUGCCGAAUGAGCUCCGACGUUCCGAUGCCGUACGGAGCUGUAGAGAAACUGGAAAGAAGAGUCGAAGUGGACUACGAACAAAUUUGGAAUUCGAAGAGAAAAACGGCAGUUUGGCUCGUUUCCAAUGUGCACACAACACAGAAUCGAAGGAAAGAUUUGACGGAAAAGAUGGUGGAGAAGGGAAUGGACAUUGAUCUGCUGGGUCAGGCAUACAAGGAACCGGUCGAGUGUCCGAAGUUCGGAGGUGAUCCCAAGUGUCUGGAGAAGUUGUUCAAGUGAGUGAAUCGGACUGAUUUCAGUCGAGAUGACAUGUUACAGACCGUACAAAUUCGCAAUUGCAUUCGAAAACACGAACAGUGAGGAUUAUGUAACUGAAAAGUUUUGGUACCGAUUGAAAAUGCUUCAAGUAGUUCCGAUUGUGAUGACCAGAGUUAUCUACAGAAAUCUUGGGGUUAGACAUUGAAAAUUCUAACUUUUUACCCUGAAAUGAUCAAUUUCAGAUCCCGGACUCGAUGUACAUCGCAGUGGAUGACUUUCCGACUUUGAAAGAGCUCGUGGAUCAUGUCAAACGAGUUUCGGCAGACAAAAACGCUUAUUUGGAGUAUCACACGUGGAGGGAAGAGUACAGAAUUCUGGAUGCGAACGAAGGGAACUACGGAUUCUGUCUUUUGUGUCGGAAGCUCGUGAACCUCUCGGAGAACCCGUUGAAGAGCUAUGAUACUGUGAACUACAAGAUCACGACGGACUACAACGAGGUUGCCAACAGAUAUCUCUGA